AUGUCGCUGAGAUUACUAAAUCUUCUUCCUCAAAGCACUAGCUUUAAUCGAAAUCGAAAUCUCGAAUUUGGCCGUGUGUUGACCCGACCCGUAAACCGGAUUCAGUGCAUAAGGAGAGACGAAGAAGACGAUGACAUCAUCAGCAGCCGGAGGAUGAGGAAGCCUAAGAAGAAGAAGAAGAAAAGUAUGAGCGAUUCGGAGCUGGCCAAGGAUUUGGCGAGAGAAAUCGGGAAAGCGAACACGGUGUCGGAACAGAGACGGGAAGCGAUGAAGAAGAGCGGUGAGAUUCUAUGGGGAGAGUUUUGUCGGCAUGUGGAUUUGAAAGAGGAAGAGAUGAGGAUGAAAUGGAGGAAGAUCGGAGAAGAAGAGAAAUUCCUUCUGGUUAGAGAGUUUGUGGAUGAGUGGGGUGUUGAUUUUCAGCCUCUAUCUGUUAGAUCUGUAAAGGAAAUGGUGGAAGAAGAGUGUUUGGUUUCUGACAAAACAUUCGAGCCUCCUUCUUCUAUGUCUCCUCCUUCGUUUUCUGGCUUGUUUCCUGGAUUGAAGAGAAUCAUUGGGUUUGAGUAG